UGACCCGUGUGCAAAACAUUUUGAAAGCCAUGCAUAAUUUUUCCAUAAUGCACAUUUUCGGAGAAUUUCUUAAAGACCCCCAUCCCCUCGUAUAGGAAAAUGUCCCUGGGGGGUAGACACUGAAGAAGAGCUCAGGGUGAAGGCGUCCUUAGGUCUGCAGUGCACUUACAAAGAAUUCAAAGAGGAAAAACACCCAGACGGGUGAGUAGAUGCUAGGUGGGCGAGCACGUGUGGCAGAAUGGUGGCGGUCACUGAAUCGAAGCAGUGGUCAUUUAUUAAGCUAUUCUCCUAACUUGUGCUGGGAAUUUUUCAUGAUGAAGUUGGAAGAAAUGAAAGGGAGAGGAGUCUGCGCAGAUGGAAACGUGCAUUGCUAUGGACAUGCGGUGUGACGAUCCCGUCCUGGCAGGCCGAUCGCGUCCCAGCUGCCUGCUUUGCUCUGCCCUGGCUCUGAGGCACACUCCCAGGGCCUGCAGAGCCAUCGCCCUGGGUUGGGCGUAUGUGCACUUGUCCCCUCCGGGACCUGCCACCCUGAGGACCUGCACUCACCUCUCAGGUGCUCCCGUCCCAGGUGAGCAUGCAGCCGGCAUGGUACAGCUGGCUCCCACCCCAGCCAUGGAUGAGGUCACCUUCAGGAGCGACACUGUUCUGUCCGACGUCCACCUCUAUACCCCGAACCAAAGACACCUCAUGGUGCGGCUGAACGGCGUGGGGCAGCCCGUGUUCCUGUCCCAGUUCCAGCUUCUGUGGAGCCAGGAAGCCUCGGGGACCCGGGGUGGUGACCACAGAGACCCACGCCCAGAGGAACCUCCCCUCGCCAGGCCAGGCAGCACGGGGUCUUCUCUUGGAAGUGGCCACAGUAGCGAGGGCUUAUCCAUCCAGGCUGAGGCGGACAGCACUGGCCAGGAAGGGGUGGGAGCUCUGCUGGACGAGGACGGGGACCUGGACGUGGUGAGAAGGCCCCAGGCCACUUCUGACCCCGACCCGACAGGGUUUCCAAGACUCAAGGUACAUCCCAUGAUCCUGACGCAGGACGAAGACGUCACGGGAGAUGACGCCCCCGAGAGCAGCCCCCACAGUGUCAUCAGAAUAGUGGGCAUUUCUCUUGUGGUUUCCGUCCCAUCCAGAGCACACCAUGGCCACCCCCCUGGAGGAUGUUGGCAAGCAGGUGUGGCGCGGUGCCCUGCUCCUGGCGGACUACAUCCUGUUCCGAAGGGACCUCUUCCAAGGACGCACCGUGCUGGAGCUGGGGGCGGGCACAGGACUGGCCAGCAUCGUUGCAGCCACCAUGGCGCACACCGUUUAUUGUACAGUAUCGGGAUGACUCACAUCACGAGUCGGCCACAGCAGCCACUGUGUCCGGUGCCUCCGGUGUCUCUGCUGCACCUGGAAACAGCAGACGAACCUGAAACCCACGAGCACUCUGCCCUUUUUUAUAGAAAGCCUUGAGAACAAGAUGAGUAUUUUCUGAUUGUAAAUGCCUGGCCUACUCUUGUGGAAGAUUGUUUAAAGCACAAAUAAAAAUUACUCAUAAUUGGACAGCCCCUAGAGUCACUCAGCAAUAUGGAUUUACUGAGCACUGGCUAUGUGCCAGGCAGUGCUGGGCGUGGGGGGCCAGGCCAGGCCGCAGGGUGCUCGCGAUUCAGGGCCUCUGUAAACUGUUCAUACGUGCACACGCACACGUGUAUAGUCCCAUGUCGUUCUUGUCCUUUGUGGGUGCACACUCCCAUGCAACAGCUGAAGUCAACUAUGAGCGAUUCUGUAUCGGCCAUAUCCACCAAAAUUUAUUGAAAAUCAUUUUUCGCAAGUACAUUUCCCCAUGUUGUUGAAAAGUAAGUAAGUAUGGCUUUUAGUGACCAAGAAAUACCUUGUCCUUUUGUUUAGCCCUCCUCCUGUGGCCAGGCGGUGGUCUGCGUUUGUUGGCUCCAUUGCAACGACCACCUUUGUACAUAACUGUCUGGCGACCCUCGCACUGGCUCCUAGGGGAAGGGGUGGCUUUUCUUAGCUCUUACUGCAUAUUGCCAGCUGACUUCGUCUUUCGUGUUGAGAGAGUUGUAGACUCACACAGAAACUGCUAGAAUAAUCCAGAAGGUGCUGUACCCAGUCCCCCAGUAAUCGUACCCGACUGUGGGGCCAUGACUGGAACCAGCCAGUCGUGGAUUCGGUGCUGGUGACUCUGGGCUCACGCACACAUCUUUGUCAAAGCACGCUGCAGACAGGAGAGCGGUAUGCAGACGCACAGUGGGCAUUGUAUUUUAGACCCUCUGCGGGACAGAGGCAUGACUGAGGUGGCAUCGCUGAUGUGGUUUGCGUUUCGUUGCUUACUAGUAAAUGUCUUCUCAACACAGAGUUGCUGGGAAAGGGGAGCUCAGGGGUCAUCUGUCGUGAGUCUAGAUUAACCCCAGCCAGGAGUCUGCAGGGCAAUGGCCCGCCUUGUGCUCCCGACAGUUUCACAGAAUGAGCACCUCCUGCCUUGGUGGAGUGCAGCUGCGCCUGGUGCCUGAGGGCAGGUGUAAUCAGACCAUGCUACCCUCUGGGUAGGUUUACAGUCGGAGAGCCUGGAGCUCACCUGCAGAUGGCACUUACAGUUAGUGAAGGCCUGUUGUGUGCAUCGGCCCCUGGCCAUAAGUUCACAGUGACCCUGGGCAGUGGCCAGAGAGCUGUUACCAUCCCUCUUGCCCAAGUAGGAAGCUUGAGGCCAAGGUCAAGUCACAGACCCAAGGUCACACACACAGCUGCUGACAAGACCCUAGCCUUGGCCUGGCCUACAUGGGCCUGUGUCACGUGGGUGGUGUCCAGGCUGAAUUCCAGGGAGUGGGGUUCUUAAGCCUCUGCAGAGGCUCCCAAAGGGAUAAUGGGAGAACAGCCCUUGGGCUCCAGGGCUCCCACCCACUGGGCCAGAACUGCCCCUUCCUUUCUUUUUUUUUUUUCCCUUCCUUUCUUCUACUCGUUAGAGACUCAUUAAGGUCUCAUGACAAAACUAGCAUCAGAGGGCCAGCUCUGUGGCCUAGGAACUAAGAGAGCUGGUCUCGCAUGGCCGACCGUGCCAGGCCCAGCCCUGGCAGCUUGAAUAACGAGCCAGGUGCAUCUGUGAGAAGAGCCUGCCGGUGAGCAUGUUUGGUUUGAGCGGGGAGCUCCAGAGGAGCCUGCCCGGAUUCCUGCGGGUGUGCUGUCCGUGUGUGUCAGGGUACAAGCACGGAGAAGGAGGUGCCUGAUAGCCAGGUC